ACAAGCUUGUACGACACCACAAAUUGUGUCGUUGAAUUUGAGUCUGAUCUCCUUCAAAAACCCUCUCCUCCAAUUUGAACACCCAAACAAAUGGAAACCAUCCACCGAUCCACACUUCGUCUCCUUCCCAUAUCUCUCUCUGCACUAUGCCUUACACGACCAACCGCCCCGGAAUCCAAAAGAAUCCGACUACCCAUUUCUAUCCCCGGCAUUCUAAACCCGAAACCGGCCUUCUUAACGAGCCGCAAAAGUUACAGCUCAGCUCCUUCUCCAGUUGCCAAAGCUGGUUGGUUUCUGGGCCUCGGAGAGAAGAAGAACAAGAGCCUGAGCCUGCCCGAUAUAGUCAAAGCUGGAGACCCGGUUUUGCACGAGCCGGCCCGAGAUGUUGAGCUCGGGGAUAUUGGGUCGGAGAGGAUUCAGAAGAUAAUUGAUGAUAUGGUGAAGGUGAUGAGGAAGGCUCCUGGGGUUGGUCUUGCUGCUCCACAGAUUGGACUUCCCUUAAGGAUAAUAGUCUUGGAAGAUACAAAGGAAUAUAUUAGUUAUGCACCCAAGGAUGAGAUUAAAGUUCAACAGAGACGGCCUUUCGAUCUUUUGGUGAUUAUUAACCCAAAGCUUCAAAAGAAGAGCAACAGGACUGCCGUAUUCUUUGAAGGCUGCUUAAGUGUUGAUGGAUUCAGAGCAGUGGUAGAAAGAUAUCUGGAUGUCGAAGUUUCAGGUUUCGAUCGUAGUGGCCAGCCCAUCAAAAUAAAUGCUUCAGGUUGGCAGGCUCGUAUUUUGCAACAUGAGUGUGAUCAUUUGGAAGGAACUAUAUAUGUUGAUAAGAUGCUCCCUAGAACAUUUAGAACAGUUGAAAACUUGGACUUGCCUCUUGCUGAGGGGUGUCCAAAGCUUGGAAGUUGCUAGCUUAUGGUAUGAAUAUGGACUUGGAUAAAACAAGAAUUGCAGAUAAAGCUGCCAUCUGAUUUAUGCAAGUGAUUCUGGUACUCCUGGUGCAAUUGACUGUUGGGGAUCAAUCUAAUACUUUAACAGCAAGUGUCAUUUUGCUUUCUGUUUUACGAAGCUCAGUUCCCAUCGGCUCAACGUUUUUGGUUUGGGAGUGACCUUAAUGGUUGUUUUAAGAUAUUCUUGUGUUUCUUUAUAAAUAGUGGAUACCCAUUACCUAUUCCAAUAUAGUUUUAUCAUUGUUUUACUUGAGGUAAUUUAGAAACCAGUUGCAGAAGUACUACAACAUCCUGCAGAUCGGUUAGACAUUUUCGGGAAGAUAACUAGUAUAAAACCUAGCAGUUUACUUCAGAAAUACCAUUAGAUCCAUGAAAAUUCCAUUGUAUUUUGGGACCUUGGGGACACAUGAUGUUCAUGUACUCGAACUGGAUAGGUGAAAUAGUUCGUGAAGAA